UGUGCACCGAUGAAUACGAUGCCUGAAAUUGCAAAGGCCCAGGGUUGCAAAUGGGAUCCUCUGGUAAACGUCUGGCUUUCGAAAGAGGCUUUUGAAGAAAGCGAAAAUCUCUCUACCGUUGAAAAGUUCUUAAGCCAAGGUCCAUGGCAUCACUACUUGCACCAAAAUGGUUCUGGCACCGUUAAGCCAGAGUAUGAGAGGUUACUCGGAGCUUGGUUGAUGAAGAGAGAACAUCUCAUUCAUUGCCAACUUACACUGCGACAAUCCUAUUUUUGGAUGAGCAAGGGAUAUGGAACAACUCAUUUCUUCAAGCAUACAGUUCAUUGUUUGAGAUUUCUACUAGAUACCAUCUUUGAAAACCCACCGAAAGAUCUCGAUGACAUCCAAGCUUUUAUCACUCCAUUUCCCUGA